AGGAAGAGGAGGAGAAGCGUGAGUCGUUAACAUUCUGUAUAAAAUCCUCUUUUUCUGGACAGAGUAAAUUGAAAGUAUUUAUUUAUUUUUAUUUAAAUCCAGUAAAUGGAAGAUCAUGUUGUAUUUACGCCGAUAGCUCACAGAACCCGAUCGCUCAGGGCUUCUUUAAGCCCCGCCCACAGGCUGGACAUUCAGGACCGGCGUGGGCUUUGACGACCUCCCAGCCCCCCCCACCCCCCACCACCCACCUGUGACCCCCUGACCCCCCCACUAUGGCCAGUGGGAACGCAUCGAUCCGCCUCGUACCCGAGCGCCCUUCCUCUCCGAAUCAUGCAGAAACAUCUCACCUGACCGCAGCUCCAGAUGCUCCAGAUGCUCCUCCCCCUCCGCCCCUGCCUCCCCCGCCGCCCCCCCAGGCCCCGCACGGCUCACGCAAGAAACGGCGAGUGCGCAGCUUCUACUGGAAGCCGAUCCCGGAAGAGAAGGUCCGGGGAAAACCCAACAUCUGGACUCUGGCUGUGAGACAACAGCACUACCAGAUCGACGUGAGGAGCGUGGAGGAGAUGUUCGGGCAGCAGGAGGAGGCGCGGGGGCACGGCGCCGCCCACAGCACGCGCACAGGGACCGGGAGGGGCACCUUCAAAGAGAGCAAGGAAGAGAUCAGCAUUUUAGACUCAAAGAGAGGGAUGAACCUGGGAAUCUUCCUCAAACAGUUCAAGAAGUCUCAUCACGCUCUGGUGGAGGACAUUCGGCUGGGGAACACGAAACACUUCGGCUUGGAGCCGCUGAAGGAGCUGCUGAAACUCCUGCCUGAGGAAGAGGAGGUCAAGAAACUGAAGGAGUUUCACGGAGAUCCAGCGAGACUCACCAUGGUCGACUCCUUCAUGUUCCUGCUGAUCCAAGUACCAUGUUUUGACGUUCGAAUCGAGGCCAUGGUCCUUCAGGAGGAGUUCUCUCCAUCUUGUUCGGCGAUGAGCCGAGAGCUUAAUGUGGUUCGCUUGGCGACGGAAGAGCUGAUGACGUGUGAAGAUCUUCACGCCAUCCUGCACCUGGUCCUCCAGGCCGGAAACAUCAUGAACCAGGGAGGUUACGCGGGAAACGCUGUGGGCUUCAAGCUCUCCUCACUGCUCUCACUCGCAGACACCAAAGCCAACAAACCCGGCAUGAACCUGCUCCACUUCGUCGCCUUGGAGGCACAGAAGAAAGAUGAGAAUCUGCUAAAGUUCCCAGAGAAGCUAAUUCAUGUACAGAGCGCUGCCAGGAUCUCAGUGGAAAACAUUGAUGCAGAACUCUCCUCUCUCAGUGCCAGGAUGCAGGCUCUUCAGGGGAAGAUUGAGCGAGAUCCUCAGCUGCUCUUCCAGUUAAAUCCGUUCGUGCAGAGUUCGACACAAACCCUUGAGACGCUGAAGCAGUGCAGGCUGAACCUCCGCAGUGAGGGCAACAUUCUUAUUGAUUUCUUCUGUGAAGAUAAAGACAUGUUCAAACUCGACGAGUGCUUCAGGAUCUUCCAAGACUUCUGUCUUAAAUUCGAGAAAGCUGUGAAGGAUAAUCUAGCCAGGGAGAUGAAGGAAGCUGCAAGGCAGCAGCGCCUCCGCGAGCUGGAGGAAAGGCGCAUUGCCUGGGCCGCUACAGGUGGGGAUCAGGGCGGCGGUAAUUUUGGCCGCAGCAGCAGUGAAAACGAUGUGGAAGUUCUUACCAAAGACGGUCUUCUGGACUUCUUGCUGCAUCCCCGCCCCCACAGCCCCCACAGCCCCCACAGCCCACUGGGACGCUCUGCAAGCGCUCGCCGUUACCGCCACACCACGGCCGAUCACAACCUCCGUGGCUUCCUGGAGCUGUUUUCUGGAUCUCACACGGCAGACAUCGCUAAAUUCAGCAGCCUUCCGCGGUCAGGACGUCAUCACCAGAGAAGGACCAUCACCUGGCUGACCACAGCAGACGACAACAGAGAGCUAGGACCUCAGCCGGCCACGUCCCCGAAGGCCCAGACCGAACCAAUCAGCCCCCUGGCUCGAUACUCAAUGUCCGGCGACACUAUUAAGAUCGAUGUUUAUGGUAAUAAUAAUAAUAAUAAUCCUGCGUCCGUUUCUGAAAGUAUAAAGUCUUCUCAGCCAGGCCACAACAGGAACUGCAUGGAGAAUUUUCACAAUGUUGGACACAUGAACGUUAGUGUUGAAAAACACACAUUGGUGUCUGGGCCUCAGGCUUUUGACCUGUCACAUCCUAAUGAUAAUAAUAACAGCACCUACACACAACUGGAUAACCAGGUGGAAACUACAGAGAGAGAAGGAGAGAAGGCACGAGACCUCGCAGAUACAUUGUUCCUAGACACUCCUCCAUCCAGUAGAGGAUCCGAGGAAGCACCGGAAUCUGGGGCAGGCUAUGACACUAAAAUCAUUUCGCCCCAAAAAGAGGAGGAAGAGGAAAACAGCACCGUCUCCUCAACAACAUGUGACACGCCUUUGCCUCUUGACCCCUUAUUGUCCAAUAAAAAAGCUGCUCCUUACAUCCUGGACUGCACUGAAGCUGAUUGUUCUGUCAUGUUAGACGUCUCAGAACUAGAGAGUGCACCUGUCUGUAAAGAAGGAGCUCAACAAGACAUAAAACCACAGGACGGCUGUGUCCCAAGUCUCCCUCAAGACCCUAGUUCACUUUCUUCUAACUUUGAGUCUUUGUCCAUUAAUGAUCCCUCUGUGUCGGCAUCUGGUGAUGAACCAUUUAAAGAGAAACCAACAGAAGAGCACCGAAGUGUUACCACAGACGAGGCAGAGAGUGACAGUGGUGACCUGGCAGAUGGUAAAAAGGUGGGUGAGAAAGCAGUACCGAUCUCCCGCCCCAAACCUGCCAACCUUAACACUAAGACCCCACUGAAACCUGCUGGCACUAGAAUAGGACGUCCUACGAGAACGCUUACACCAACAGAGACCAGACACUUGCGCAAGGUGGUACCAAUCACCAAGGUGAGUCGUUCUGGCAGCAGUGCUAAGAGAGUAGAGAGCACUGAAUCCAGGCGUCCGCUCCGUGACCAGAGCAUGCCUGCAAGAAAGGGUGACAGGCAGGGAAGACCAGCUCGCCAUUCUAGUCUCCCUCCAGAGCCCAAGGCAGAAAGAGGAACUACAGCUACACCUGCUGCAGGUUCUCAGUUGGCUCGUGAUUCCACUCCGCACAGGCCUUCCAUUAAGAAGCCGACCGCCAAACCUGUACGCAAUAUCCCUAAACCUCCAGUAGAAGAGAAAAUAUGUCGCUCUACCAUGAGGGCCUUGGCACAGGCACAGGCUGCAUCUGAUGCCAGCGCUCCUCAAACACCAAACCUCGGCCGGAAGUCUGCCUCACCCCUACCAGGCUUCGCUCGCAACACUUUCGCUUUCUCUUCUAGAGCCAAAAAGGACUUGAUCGCACAUCCUGCACCAGGGACUCCGGUAAAGAGCUCUAACUUAUCGAGAACUUCUUCACUAAAAGUGCCUUCAGGAAGUAAGGCACGGUCCGUGUCUAGCGGACACUCGGCCCAGGGUGAGGACAAACCGACUGGGUCUAUACGGAGGGUUCAGAGUGUCCGGGCCUCAGGUCGCAACACUUUACAGAGUAACGCAGCCCCACCCCAGAGUGCGCAGGAGCAAGCCCGAAAGGGCAGCAGUUACUCCGAAAAAUCCUUCCUGAUAAAAGACUCCACCAGUGGCAGAGCUCCCAAGCCUAUGUGGAAGUAGACAAGAAAAAAGCAUUACAAUCUCACACACUUACAUUUUUUAAUUUUGUUCAUCUCAGACUUUUCUGAAUGUAUCAAAAGCCUUUACAUGUAGCUGAAGUUCUACGUAUUGAGCUAGUUUUCCAUAAGGGACUAGCUCUCCUGUCAAUAUUUGACAACCCAUUUUAGUGGUAGCACUUCAUCCAUAUAAGGAUGUUACUGAUGGCCUUUAAACAGCAGACGUUAAAUGUUGCAUCACCUUCACACACUUCACACAGUCUCAGUUAUUUUCAUACCCAGAUCAUGGCUGUCACUUUUAUUUUUGUUAUAUAAUAUUAUACUUCCUGAGAUGCUGAGUUAAUUAUAGUGCGAGUAGUUUUAUAAAUCUCAAACCAGAUGCAACAUAUGUAUGACCCGUGUUUGUGUGUGUGUAUGUGUGUGUGUCAGGGCGAGGCACUCUGGUCAGGAGAGUUUAAGGAACUUCCUGCGCUAACACAUUUGUGAUCAGUAUUGAUAAAUCACUUUUGGAAUAAAGCUUUUCCACUGAACUACGUGACCCAAGUACCCGUGCUGAAUUUGGUUUCCUUUUCGGGCCUACGCGAAUUGAGGAGGGGCGUGUGGGCGGAGCUAGAAAUAACGCAGGCCACUGAUUGGUCACAGAAAUAUUCUUACAGGGUAGUGUGUAUAAGCGGUGUGUGUGAGCGGUGUGUAUGAGUAGUAAUGGGACACACACAUGACGCCAGUGGAUUGCUGUGCUGUUACUACGGCAACCUGGUCAUUAGAUGAACCUGCUGCGUGCAAAGUUGGUGUUAAAGUUCAGUGGUGCAUCGUCACACUCAGUAGAGUCAGUAACCCAGACGACACGUGAAAACGUUCUCUGUAACAUUCUGUAAUUAAUCUGUUAUCGCCAUGUGAGCAGAAUCAGGGCUCAGGACAAAUCACUUCUAAUGAGAUACAAGUGUAAUAAAACGUGUGUAAAAUGUUAGGAACGCUCAGAAGAAUGUGUGUGAGUGUGUGUGUGUGUGUGUGUUACAGUUACGUGCCUUUACCAAAGUCUUUAUUCUUCUACGUGUACAAUAGAACCAGUUUAAAUGUUCUUACAUAAUUUCGUUUGUUUUAUUUACUUGUUUACUCCGACAUGUUUGUUCUGUUGUGUCUCUCGAACCUCCUGCGCUCUGGUAACUCCUGAGGUGUUGCUUUUAUUUGUGUUAGUGUUUAACCCUCGUCCUCUAGCGACUGAAGCUCUCCGUCUCUCUCUCUCUCUCCGUCUCUCUCUCUUUCUCUCCGUCUCUCUCUCCAUCUCUCUCUCUCUCUCUCCAUCUCUCUCUCUCUCUGUCUCUCUCU